CAGGGGGGCAGUGUGUUUGUGCCGGUGCGGGUCAGUCGUGCAGUGCUGCGCUCUAUGUCCAGACGGGAUGUGCUGAUCAAGCGUUGGCCCGCUCCGCUCAGCUGGCAGUACUACCGCUCACUCCUGCCCGACGUCAGCAUCACCAUGUGCCCAUCCUGCUUCCAGAUGUUCCACAGUGAGGACUAUGAGCUGUUGGUUCUUCAGCACAGCUGCUGCCCGUUCUGCCGCAGACCCAUCGACGAGUCCUGCUAACACACACUCAUGUUUACCGCGGUGUGAUCAUCAGUCCUGCUAACACACACUCAUGUUUACCGCGGUGUGAUCAUCAGUCCUGCUAACACACACUCAUGUUUACCGCGGUGUGAUCAUCAGUCCUGCUAACACACACUCAUGUUUACCGCGGUGUGAUCAUCAGUCCUGCUAACACACACUCAUGUUUACCGCGGUGUGAUCAUCAGUCCUGCUAACACACACUCAUGUUUACCGCGGUGUGAUCCACCCUGAGCCGCUGUAAAGCCGUCAGUAAAUGCCAGCUCAGCACAGCUCUGAUAGGAUUACACAGAUCAACACAAAGCAGAUUGCAGCGAUGCUGGACACACACACACACUCACACACACACACUCACACUCACAGCUCAACACACUCCUGCGCAUCCACACAUCCCUCAUGUUGGUGUUUUUAAUAAAGAUUUAAUAUUUCAGUCUGAUAA